UCUGUUGUCUCCCCUACAUGUCCUUUAGUUGACAGGCCGACUUCCAGUUGUGGUCAGGAUGCAACACAUUCCUCUGCCAAGCCUUUCACCUCAAAAUUCACAGCCCUAAUUCUACCAGCAACAACAGCCACAACUGAUAACCACAACAAAGAGCCUGCAAGGUGUGUUUGAUAAAAUACAAGAUGUUGGUGAUCAAAUCCUGGAGGAACACAGGUUGAGGGCUGUAAACAAGUUGCAACUUAGCAAAAUAGGUUCUCAAGAAGUUUUGUUAGAUUUUGAAAACAAGCAGAUUAUGUUAAGUUUACCACAUUCUGCAACUUGUCCCUUAUUCUGCAUUCGAAAAUGAGGCAAAAGCUGUGAGCACUUCACUUGUUCAGGUUUUACCUACUUACGUAAAUCUUUCAAUUACAGGCAGUUUAGUGACAGCUACCAGUUCUGAAUCUGCUGAUGAUAUAGAUGAAAGGGAUUGUGGUGAUAAAUCCAUUAUAAUGGACUUUCCUACAAAUCAGUCCAGUGGUUUGUUUAGUGAUGUCGCAUACAGUAUGGACAAAGAAACACAUUUAAAUCUCAUAUCCAUUAACACAAAGCUCAACAGUAUUUCAAAUGUUGAACAUAAUAAAAGUGACAUUUUACAAACUGUUACAGAGAAGCAAUUAACAAAUGCAAUAUUACAGAAGAAGAACAUAGAAAACACAAAUGAAAAGGAGUACAAUGGUGAGGUGUUGAAUUAUACUAGUAAUAGCAGUAAUAGCAGUAAUCACAUGAAGAAACACAUGAGGAAACAUGCAGGAAAGUGUUGGGUGUGUGGUUAUGAAUGUAACCAGAGUUGUAACUUAAAGAAACACAUGAGGAUACAUACAGGAGAGAAACCAUACAAGUGUGAGGUGUGUGGUUUUGAAUGUAACCAGGGUGGUUCCUUGAAGUCACACAUGAGGAUACAUACAGGAGAGAAACCGUACAAGUGUGAGGUGUGUGGUUAUGCAUUUAAGGGGAGUAAUGCCUUGAAGAGUCACUUGGAGAGACACAUCAGGAUACAUACUGGAGAGAGAGAAUACAAGUGUGGGGUAUGUGGUUAUGUGUAUAACCAUAGCAGUGCCUUGAAGAGACACAUGAGGAUUCAUACAGGAGAGACAGAGUACAAGUGUGAGUUGUGUGGUUAUGCAUGUAACCGGAGUUAUACCUUGAAGACGCACAUGAGGACACAUACAGGAGAGAAACCGUACAAGUGUGAGGUGUGUGGUUUUACAUUUAAACAGAGUUGUCACAUGAAGACACACAUGAAGACACAUGCAGAAGAAAGACUGUAUAAGUGUGAGGUGUGUGGUUAUACAUGUAAACUGAGUGGUAACUUAAAGACUCACAUGAUGAUACAUGCAGAAGAGAGACUGUACAAGUGUGGGGUGUGUGGUUAUGAAUGUAACCUGAGUAGUCACAUGAAGACACACAUGAGGAUACAUACAGGAGAGAAACCAUACAAAUGUGAGGUGUGUGGAAAUACAUUCAACCAGAGUGGUCACUUGAAGGGACAUAUGAGGAUACAUACAGGAGAGGGACUGUCCAAUUGUGUGGUGUGUGGUAAGGCAUUUACCCACAGUAGUCAUUUGAAGAGACACAUGAGGAUACAUACAGAAGAGAGAAAGUUUAAGUGUGAUGUUUGUGGUUUUGCAUGUAAUGGGAGCAAUAACUUGAAGACACACAUGAGGAUACAUACAGGAGAGAGACUGUACAAGUGUGAGGUGUGUGGUUAUGCAUUUAAUCAUAAGAGAUCCUUGAAGAGACAUAUGAGAAUUCAUGCAGACAAUAGACAAUAAAUAUGUUAGGUACAUUCUUAU